AUGAAAGCUAAGGCCAGAUACAAGGCGGCGGUCGGAAUAUGUAACCGACUCGAGGGCAAGUCCAACCUGAAGGAAGAUGAGGUGCAACGGUUGGCUUGGGCCAGAGAGGAGGUGAAGACCGGCCGUGCUCAUUUCGCAACGCGGAACUGGUGCAAUGCCUCGGAUCCAGCAUUUGCUAAUCGGAUUGAGGAGCAAAUAGCUGAAAAGAGGCAGCGUUCGACGGAAAGCGAACCAAAGGCACAAGCGAAAAAGAGGAAGUGCAAAGACGCUGCUGAAAAGCAGCAAGUCAGGCACUUGGAUGAAAGACCAACGACAUCAAAAGCAGCGGCGGCGGCCAGUGAGAUUGCGAAACGAUAUCUGAUCGUGGCGCUCAUUGACCGUAGUAACCCGCUGGGGCAGAUGUCACAGGAGCGGUGGAAAAUAGUGGAAAUGAAGCUAUUGGAAACCCUUUUCGCGAGGAUGGAUGCUCAGCCAAGCGCGCCCAUGCCCACAUUUGAUGGAGCUGGGUGGCUAAGCGGAGUUAAAAUCCUGAAGUGUAAGGAUGACCCGUCGCUUACAUGGGUAAAGGAAGCUGUAAAAACGCUUCCUAGCCUAUGGGAGAAUGGGAGACUGGAGGUGGUGGACCGCAAUGCUAUUCCAUCGGUGACCAAGGCGAAGGUAAUUAUACCUCGCGUGGUGGACCCGGAAUAUGCUUUGCGGCUGCUACAAUGA